AUUCUUUGAUUGGUCUUUGAAUGAAUAUCUUUCAAUUUCCUAGGAUUCAAUCACGUCAUUUUCACUUCUGCAACUGCUUCGAAGCUCCCUUCUAGCUUUUCUUGCUCACUCUGCUCCACCUGUCAAGGUUUCUCUUCUCUAUAUAUACUUGUAACUGGAUAACACUUCUUGUCACCCUUCAUUUAUACUACACAUCAAAGAAAUUCUUUAGUGCUUGUUUUGUUGAAAAUGCAAGAACAAACCAGUAGACACGGCUCUAGUGGUACCUCUUCUUGCUACAGAGGUGUUCGCAAGAGGAAAUGGGGGAAAUGGGUGUCUGAGGUACGCGAACCUGGGAAGAAAACUCGGAUUUGGUUAGGGAGCUUUGAUACUCCAGAAAUGGCAGCUACUGCUUAUGAUGUUGCAGCUUUACAUUUCAGGGGAAGUGAAGCCAAGCUUAAUUUCCCUGAAUUGGUUAACGAUCUUCCUAAGCCAGCAAGCUCCAAUGCUGAAGAUAUUCGCAUGGCUGCACAUGAAGCUGCGCUACGUCUCAGGACUCCUAUGAAGGAGCCAGAAGGCAGUGCUGGAGCUGGCAGCAGUGGCAACAGUAGCUCGAAUAACGUGGUGGGUCCGGUGACGGUUAGGCUGUCGCAGAGCCAGAUUCAGGCGAUCAACGAAUCACCUUUGGAUUCACCAAAGAUGUGGAUGCAGAUGGCAAUGGUAGAAGAGUCUAUGAUGUUGUCCAAUGAUUUUGGGGAGGAUGAUGACUGGAACUAUGACAUGCAAAAUGAUUCUCUUUGGGAUCCUUAGGUAACUUUUGGCCAAUGGGUAUUUCCCUAUAGCAUAUUAUCAAUUUAAUUAUGUAUUCUUAUUUUCACAUAAUAAUUCGAUUUUAUAUUUUAAUUAUUGAUAUAUAA